AUGAUUCGUAACCAAUUUCUAUUUUUCCCAUCUGCAACAAAAUCCACAAAUGCAACCUCACUCAUCUCUUUAAAAAUUUUAUCUACCACUUCAUCUUCUCCAUUAAAAAAUUUUCGAAAUAAUAACGGUUUUAUAAGAAAAUUUUCUACAAUGACAGGAUUUUAUGACCUUCAAUCUUCUGACAUUAAUAAAAAACCUUUCAGCUUUGCUGAAUGGAAAGGAAAAGUUGUAUUGCUUGUUAAUGUAGCAUCAAAAUGUGGAUUUACCCCACAAUAUUCGGGACUUGAAAGCCUUUAUAAUAAAUAUAAAGAUGAAGGUUUAGUCAUUGCCGGUUUCCCUUGUAAUCAAUUUGGUUCUCAAGAGCCAGGAACCGAAGGAGAAAUCGUUCAAUUUUGUUCUACCAAAUAUAAUGUUACUUUCCCUCUAUUUGCAAAAAUUGAUGUUAACGGCGCUAACGCAUCAUCCGUUUACGAAUAUUUGAAAUCUCAACAAUCUGGCGAUAUCAAAUGGAACUUUGAGAAAUUUUUGAUUGAUAAAAACGGCAACGUUGUUAAAAGGUUUCCUUCUAAUGUUAAGCCCGAAGAUCUUGAAAAAGAAGUUAAUCCCUUGUUGAAAUCGAACCUUUAA